UCCACGAUUGUCCUGAUAAAAGGAGAAUGGGGUGCAAUCCCUAAUCUCAUCCACGAAAAUCUGUACUUGUAGACUGUAGUUCAAUCGUUGACUCAAAAGGAAGCGCCGGCCGCCGGAGAGAAAUCAAUGGAGCAACUGAAGCCAAGUCCGCCCAAUUCAACUCCACUAACUCCUCUCUCUUUCUUGGAGAGGGCCGCCAACAUAUACGGCGACGCCGCCUCCGUCGUCUACAACGACGUCACCUUCACCUGGUCGGAAACUCAUCUCCGCUGCCUCCGCCUCGCGUCCUCCAUCGUCUCUUUCGGCAUCCGGAGAGGCGAGGUCGUCUCUGUUCUCGCCCCCAACGUUCCCGCCAUGUACGAGCUCCAUUUCGCGGUCCCCAUGGCCGGCGCCGUCCUCAACACCAUCAACAUCCGCCUCGAUGCCCGGACCGUUUCCGUCCUCCUACGCCACGGCGAGUCAAAGCUUAUGUUCGUUGACAGCCAGUACAGGGAUUUGGCAAUCGAGGCUCUGUCUCUGUUCCCGCCGGAUUCGCCGCGGCCCGCUCUUGUUCUCAUCGCCGAUCGUGAAUUUCCGGCGGAGCGCAGCGGCGGGGAGUUCGUUGAGACGUAUGAAGGUAUGGUGGAAAAGGGCGACCCGAAUUUCAAAUGGAUUCGCCCGAUAUCCGAAUACGACCCGAUCGUACUGAACUAUACCUCCGGCACGACCUCUGCUCCCAAGGGGGUGGUUCAUUGCCACAGAGGAAUCUUCGUUAUCUCAUUAGAUUCCCUAAUGGAAUGGUCCGUUCCGAAAAAACCGGUGUAUCUGUGGACCCUACCCAUGUUCCACGCUAACGGCUGGAGCUUCCCGUGGGGAAUGGCCGCCGUGGGGGGCACAAAUAUCUGCUGCCGGAAAGUCGACGCCGCCAACAUCUAUUCCGAUAUUCGCAACCACAACGUGACGCACUUGUGCGGCGCUCCGGUGGUGCUCAACAUGCUAACAAAUUCCGGCGACGGUAAGCCUCUGCCGCGUCCAGUUCAAAUCCUGACCUCUGGAGCGCCGCCGCCGUCGGCGGUUCUGUUGCGGACAGAGUCGCUAGGGUUCGUAGUCAGCCACGGCUACGGGUUAACAGAAACCGCCGGGAUCGCAGUCUCGUGCUCGUGGAAGGACAAGUGGAACAAGCUCCCGGCGACGGAGAGGGCGAGGCUGAAAGCUAGGCAAGGGCUGAGAACCCUCGGAAUGGCGGAAAUGGACGUCGUUGACCCGGAAACGGGAGCGAGCGUGAAGCGCGACGGGUCAACUCUGGGCGAAGUGGUGCUCCGAGGCGGCUCCGUCAUGCUGGGAUACCUGAAAGACCCCGAAGGAACCGCGAAAAGCAUGAGACCGGACGGGUGGUUUUACACCGGAGAUGUGGGGGUUAUGCACCCGGACGGCUACCUAGAAAUCAAGGACCGGUCAAAGGACGUGAUCAUCAGCGGCGGCGAGAACCUGAGCAGCGUGGAGGUGGAAUCGGUGCUGUACACGCAUCCCGCCGUGAACGAGGCGGCGGUGGUGGCGAAGCCGGACGAAUUCUGGGGCGAAACGCCCUGCGCUUUCGUCAGCUUGAAACCGCACAUCAAAGAAAAACCAAAAGAUACAGACAUUAUAGAGUUCUGUAGGGCUAAACUGCCGCACUAUAUGGUCCCCAAGACGGUGGUGUUCAAGGAGGAGCUCCCCAAGACAUCCACCGGAAAGAUUCUGAAAUUUGUGCUGAGGAAGAUGGCCAAAUCCAUGCCCGCCACCUCAACCUUUAGCAGACUGUAGCGAGUGGUGACUGGGAUUCCGGCCGGGUUGACUCAGAUACUCAUUUCAACUUAACUCGUUUGUUUUUUUGUGUGAGUUGUGCAUGCAUGUGAUUGUGGACAAAACAGUCCAUAUUAUAUGAUUAUAUCCACGUAUGUAGGUCCCACUUGGGCGCUUAUAUGUCGUUUUU